AUGGGAAGCCUUCACCACGACCGCCAUCACACCGUAACCACGGAGACGGACGUCUUCGCCACCGACAUCAUCAGCGCUGAGUUUUCUGUCGUUUUAAAGGAUCCGGUGACUAUUCCCUGUGGACACAGUUACUGUAUGAACUGUAUUAAAUCCUACUGGGAUGAAGGAGAGAAGAAACUCCCCAGCUGUCCUCAGUGUAGAGAGACUUUCACCACGAGGCCUGCGCUGGUGAAAAACACCAUGUUAGCAGCUUUAUUGGAGCAGCUGAAGAAGACGGGACUCCAAGCUGCUCCUGCUGAUCACUGCUAUGCUGGACCUGAAGAUGUGGCCUGUGAUGCUUGCUCUGGGAGGAAACUGAAAGCCAUCAAGUCCUGUUUGGUCUGUCUGGUCUCUUACUGCGACAAACACCUUCAACCUCAUCAUGAUGUGGCUCAAUUAAGGAAACACAAGCUGGUGGAUCCCUCCAAGAACCUGCAGGACAACAUCUGCCCCCGUCAUGACGAGGUGAGGAAGAUGUUCUGUCGUACUGAUCAGAAGUGUAUCUGUUAUCUCUGCUCUGUGGAUGAACAUAAAGGCCACGACACAGUCUCAGCUGCAGCAGAAAGGACGGAGAGGCAGAGAGAGAUGGAGGUGAGACGACAACAAAUCCAGCAGGAGAUCCAGGACAGAGAGAAAGAUGUGAAGCUGCUUCAGCAGGAGGUGGAGGCCAUCAAUCAGUCUGCUGAUGGAACAGUGGAGGACAGUGAGGAGAUCUUCACUGAGCUGAUCUCUCUCCUCCAGAAGAGAAGCUCUGAGGUGAAGCAGCAGAUCAGAUCCCAGCAGGAAACUGAAGUGAGGAGAGUCAGAGAGCUGGAGGAGAAGCUGCAGCAGGAGAUCAGUGACCUGAAGAGGAGAGACGCUGAGAUGAAGCAGCUCUCAGACACCGAGGACAACAACCAGUUCCUCCACAGCUAUCCCUCACUGUCCCCACUCAGUGAGUCCACACACUCCUCCAGCAUCACCAUCCGUCCUGUCACACACUCCUCCAGCAUCAGCAUUCGUCCUCUCACCUACUUUCAGGAUGUGACAGCAGCUGUGUCAGAGGUCAGAGGUCGACUACAGGACAUCCUGAGAGACAUGUGGACAAACGUCUCACUGGCCGUCGCUGAGGUGGAUGUUUUACUGUCAGAUUCACAAUCAGAACCAACGAGCAGAGCUGGAUUCUUGAAGUAUUCAUGUGAAAUAACUCUGGAUCCAAACACAGUAUACACACAGCUGUUACUGUCAGAGGAGAACAGAAAGAUGACAGCAGGUGGAGUUUAUGUAGCAGUUUCAUACAAGAAUAUCAGCAGAUCAGGGGGGUGGUGGUCGGAAAGUGAAUUUGGAUGUAAUGACAAAUCUUGGUCACUAUGGUGUUACUCAGACGGAUAUGAAUUUAGUUACAACAGCAUCACAACCUCCAUCUCAGGUCCUCAGAGCUCCAGAAUAGGAGUUUACCUGGAUCACAGAGCAGGAGUUCUGUCCUUCUACAGCAUCUCUGGAACCAUGACCCUCCUCCACAGAGUCCAGACCUCCUUCACUCAGCCGCUCCACGCUGGAGUUCGGGUUAAUAACGGUCCUGGAGAAUCAGCUGAGUUCUGUAAACUCAAGUAG